AUGGACAGCUUCUUCUCUCAGCCUGUCCCUGCGCCGGGGGACAGUCAAGUCCUAGGCAGCGACGGCCGCGCGCCUCUCGGCUCCUUCCCCGCCGACCGCUCGCAGGCAGCCGCCGCGGAGUUGUCGAAAUUGGCGCCAGAGGACGCUGGGGCCCACGCCGGCGGGGCCUCGUUGGGCGCGUCGUUGGCGGCCGCGGGCGGCGAGGCGAGCCGCUUCGACAGAGACGCCUUCGGGCCCGUCUCUGGAUCCCAACCGACCGCGUUCCCGGCCUUCGCGGGCCUCGGUGCGGGCGCCGUCGGGCCCCUCGCCUCCGAGCCCAGCAUCGUCGUGAAGGAAGUCUCGCCGCAGAGAGUGAAAUUCAUUCUAGAAAACUGCGACGUCUCGAUCGCGAACGCACUGAGAAGAGUCAUGAUCGCCGAGGUCCCAACCCUGGCUAUUGACCUCGUGACAGUGUACGAGAAUACCAGCGUCCUGCACGACGAAUAUCUCUCCCACAGGCUGGGGCUGCUCCCGAUAGACAGCACGCGGGUGGCGGAGUUCGUCAACCGCGAGGACUGCGACUGCGCAGAUCACUGCCCGCGCUGUAGCGUGCAGUAUGCUCUCGACGUGGUGUGCCAGAACGACUCGCUGCUGGUCACGCACCGAGACAUCACAGCCGAUCACGCGAGCCACGGCCCGGCGCUCGCGGGCGGAGGCUUCCUCGACCUGGGCUGCCCGAUGCCAGUCCCUCUGCUGCGAGAAAUGCAGCAAAAGGAACUCGACGGGAUUCCCAUCGUGAAGCUGAGGCGAAAUCAGAGCGUCAACAUGCGCAUGACGGCGAUCAAGGGAAUCGGGAAGCUGCAUGCGAAGUGGUCGCCAGUCGCGACAGCCUCGUACAAGUUCGAACCGGAGAUCGCUUUCCAAGAAGAGCUCCUCGCCCGCGCCCCGGCGGAGGUCAAGAGGCAGAUAGCGGCGUCGUGCCCGCGAGAGGUCUACUCUUUCACCGACGACACUGCCACAGGCGGCAACGGCAUUCUACGCGUCGAGAAUAAAAUGAACUGCAUCUAUUGCGACCAGUGCAAGAUAAAAGCGCAAGAUCUCGGCUACCGGAAGUUGGUUCGAGUCGAGCCGAACGAGCGGAAGUUCUAUUUCACUGUCGAGUCCACGGGCGUGAUGCCUGCCGAGCAAAUCGUGGAGAUGGCGUUUGACAUUCUUCUGAACAAAGUCGCCUCGCUGGAGCGCCUCGUCGCGCAGGCUAACGCGCGCACGACUGGCCAUGUGCGCGCCGCCGCGCCGGGCGACUCGAACGGCGCAGAGCGCCCAGCUGCAGGAGCGGGCGCGGUGCGUCUCGACUUGGACUAA